UUCUAGGUUUGCAGUGCACCAGAGCAAUGUUCUUUGAAAGGGUUUUAGCUGGCUUUGACAUUUACUAGCAAAGCUGGCAUACAGGCAGAUUCCUGGGGCUGUGCAGCAGGUGCUCCUGAAUAUACACCAUCUCAUUUUGAUAAAAAUGGCCUUUUCCUGCUGCUUCUCCUGUUGCCCCUUUUUCCCAGGUCCUUCAAGAGAGAGGGAACCUCUGAAUGUGCAGCACUCAAGAAAACGUCAAGACAUCAGAGAUGUUCAUUUCAGCAAGGAGACACCCCUUACCAUGAAACGAGUCAAUGUACCUGAGAUUGAUGCCCUGUUCAACAGCAUUGCUGAGACUUUCAAUGAGCAGCAAGAUGAUUGCUUGACUCUCCGGGAAGCUAUACAGAACUUAAAGAAUUCCUAUGGCUGUUCACCUGCAAGCAGUCUUUCUGUAUGCAUAGAGAAGAUCUUGCAGGAACAUAGUGCUUACAAUGUGCAGGUGUGUAUGGAAGGAUACAGGUUUUGGCUAGAUGUGGGAAUGCAGGAAGUCCCUGAGAAACUGAAGCAGACUCAGCAGCAGGUGGGGAAACUGAACUUUGCCACCAAAGGAAUAGUUAGUACAACAAUACAGGAAAUGAUCCACUCAAUUCAUCAGAGCCAGGACAAUCUGAUGGAGAAAGUAAAAGACUCAUCACCUGAGUACCUAGACUGGGUACGUCUAGAAAGCAACUUGAAAGAAAAUAUUGAGAAAAUAAAUCAAGCACAGAAGUUUUCAGAGCAGUAUAAAGAAGAAGCCAACUGUGUGCUGAUGGAUAUGGCAAAAUUAGCAAACUUGACUCUGUAAAGAUAAUGAGCAAGUUGCAUUCUGCUUUUCUUACCUGAAAGAUUCAUCAAGCUGCUUGCAACAGAAAACCCUGCAGAAUGUAAUUUGGCUACACAAGUUAUUUUAAAUUUAGAUGUUAGAAUAUACCCAGAAAUGUCUUAUAGAAAUGCCACAUGCCUGUGGUCUCCAGAAAAUCUUAAUGUUUUCUGAACAUAAAUCUUAAAUGUUCAGUAAGUGACAAAAAAUAAGUAGCAGAUUGGCUCUGGGUAGAUGUUGCUUUUCUUAUGACAUCUGUCUUUAGCA